CCCAGACGACGAUGGCGGCGCGUAGACGUCAGGCGGCGGCGGCGGCGGCGGCGGGCGCGCGAGGCGCGCGAGGCGCUCGAGCCUCAGAAGCAGGAGGCGCGAGAGCAAGAGGAGCAGCAGCGCCAUCCCUCCUCUCUCGCGGCGAUGCGGAGCCGGGCAUGGCGGCGGCGCCCAGCCUCACCGUCUGCCUCAAGCUCCUGGCGGCCGCUUUCUACGGGUUCAGCUCUUUCCUCAUCGUGGUGGUUAACAAGAGCGUCCUCACCAGCUACGGAUUUCCAUCCUCGCUGUGUGUGGGACUAGGCCAGAUGUUUGCCACAGUGCUUGUCCUCUGGGUGGGAAAGGCACUCAGGGUGGUGAAGUUUCCAGACUUUGACAGAAAUAUACCUCGAAAGACAUUUCCACUACCUCUUCUCUAUUUUGGGAACCAAAUCACAGGACUGUUCAGCACAAAAAAAUUGAACCUGCCAAUGUUUACAGUCCUGAGACGGUUUUCUAUUCUGUUUACAAUGUUUGCAGAAGGAAUUUUACUCAAGAAGAAAUUUUCCUGGGGGAUUCAGAUGACAGUAUUUGCAAUGAUAAUUGGAGCCUUUGUAGCUGCAAGUUCUGAUUUGGCGUUUGAUCUAGAAGGUUACAUUUUUAUCUUGAUCAACGAUGUCCUGACAGCUGCAAAUGGUGCAUAUGUAAAGCAGAAACUAGAUUCAAAGGAGCUGGGAAAAUAUGGCCUCCUUUAUUAUAAUGCACUGUUCAUGAUUCUUCCAACCUUGGCUAUUGCCUAUUUUACAGGAGAUGCGCAAAAGGCAAUGGAAUACCAAGGCUGGGCAGAUACCCUCUUCCUUGUACAGUUUACACUCUCCUGUGUAAUGGGGUUUAUUCUUAUGUAUUCAACAGUACUUUGUACUCAGUAUAACUCUGCCCUUACAACUACAAUAGUUGGUUGUAUUAAGAAUAUAUUAAUAACCUACAUAGGGAUGUUCUUUGGAGGGGAUUAUAUUUUCACAUGGACAAACUUUGUAGGAUUAAAUAUCAGUAUUGCUGGAAGCCUGGUAUAUUCUUACAUCACCUUUACAGAAGAGCAGAGCAAGCAGUCCGAAGCUAGCAUCAAGAUGGACAUUAAAGGGAAAAGCGCUGUAUGACAAAAGGAGUUCCUUAUCUAAAGUAACACUUGCUUUCCAGCUGUAAGUGCUGACAAAUCAGUAGAAUCUGUCAUGUCUGUGAAUGGAAUUGUAUGAGUCCUUGGCAUUUGCACAAUCUGAUGACGGCUACCUUUCGAAGGCAAUUCGAUAAUUUAAAAUGUACAGGUGGAUAGUUAAUGCUGAGCUUCAAGAAAUACUUAAAAAUCUUGCACCGUCUGUUCAAAAAACGCUUGUAAUGCCACAGUGUUAAUCAUCUCAACUGUAGCCAGUGUACAAGUAGCUACAGCCGGAUUUUGCAGUAAAUGGGUCCUAAAUAUUUCAGAAUCAGCUUCAGACUGCUGGGCAAACAGGGUUUUCUUUUGCCAAGAAGACCAGCUUCAACUGACUUUUUUUCAGAGGUUACUCAAGAUCAAUACUGAUCAAAUAACAUUCGGCCUAAGACCCUUAUUCUGUGGGGAUAUACAUUCUGAUGUGUAGCCUGUAGGGAGGAGAAGAGGGAGAAUGGCUUUUUCUGCUACAGAAGUCACUAUGAGAGCAAUCCCAAACCGGUUUCUUGCCAUUCCAGCCAGUAGUUUGAAAUACGUGUCCUAUUUCAAAUCUUGAGUUGUGUUAAAUUCAGGGGUAAUUAGAUAUGUGCCUUGUCAGAAGUCAUGGCUUCGAGGCUCUCUGUAGGUCAACAACCAUCAUUGUUCAAAGCAUAGUUUGAGCAAUAUUUUAAUGGAGGAAUGAGUAAAACAAAGUACACUGCUAAAGUCUGACACCUUGUUCAUAGCUUUUCCUGACAUCUUUUUGAACAACUUUGGUUUGGAAGAAGGUACAGGCUCAUAGAAGAAGCUUUCUCUUCCAGCAGUGUCACAAAGCUCUUUCCUAUGACAGUAGUUCUCAGCAAUAGGGGUCAAAGACGCAAAAGGCUCAUGUUGAAAAGGGAUUGGUAAAUUGAGUUUGUUUUUUCGUGUCGGGAGUGACUUGAGAAACUGCAAGUCGCUUCUGAUGUGAGAGAAUUGGUUGUCUGCAAGGGGAUGCCCAGAUGUUUUGCCAUCUUGUGGGAAGCUUUUCUCAUGUCCCCGCAUGAGAUGCUGGAGCUGACAGAUGGGAGCUCACCCCACUCCGCAGAUUCAAACCACCGAUCUUUCGGUCAGCAGUCCUGCUGGCACAAGAGUUUAACCCAUUGCACCACUGGGGGCUCUUUGGUGAUUCCAUACAGGAACCAAGCAAGUCACAUGCCUCUCUAUCUGCCUGUAUAAACUCACACUCUUCUCACUAUUUCCUCCAGUCUGUCAUUACUCAUUGUAAGAGGAAAGAAUAUACCAACCAACAGAGGGAAACCAAAGGGAUAUUAUAAUAAUGAUGAUAAUAAUAAUAAUAAUAAUAAUAAUAAUAAUAAUAAUAAUAAUUUAUUUAUACCCCGCCACUAUCUCCCCAAGCGGACUCAGGGCGGCUUACAUGAGGCCAAGCCCAACAACACAUCAAUAAAACAACAAAACAGUAAGCAAAUAAAACAAUACAAUUAAUAUAAUUCACAUAUAGGCAAUAACACAAAAAAAUUUAAAAA